AUGACCAAGUAUAUUAUUGUUUCUGGCGGUGUCAUUUCUGGUAUCGGUAAGGGCGUCAUUGCUUCCAGUACUGGCACUCUCUUGAAGAGUUUGGGUCUUGGUGUAACAGCUAUCAAGAUUGAUCCCUAUUUGAACAUUGAUGCUGGUUUGAUGACUCCUCUUGAUCAUGGUGAGGUCUUUGUCUUGAAUGAUGGUGGCGAGGUCGAUCUUGAUCUUGGUAACUACGAGCGUUUCCUUGAUGUGGAAUUGAGUCGCAUCAACAACAUCACCACAGGUAAGAUUUACAAGGAGGUAAUCGAGCGUGAGCGUAAGGGCGAUUACCUUGGUAAGACGGUGCAAGUGGUGCCCCAUGUUACGGAUGCUAUCCAAAACUGGGUGGAGAAGGUGGCUGCCAUGUCCAUUGAUGCCUCGGGUGACAAGCCUGAUGUCUGCAUUAUUGAAUUGGGCGGUACUGUGGGUGAUAUUGAGUCUGCUCCCUUUGUUGAGGCCAUGCGUCAAUUCCAAUUCCGUGUGGGCCAUGACAACUUUUGCUUGAUCCAUGUCUCCCUUGUCCCUGUCGUUGGUUCUGUUGGUGAGCAAAAGACCAAGCCUACUCAAAUGAGCGUGCGUGAUCUCCGUGGUGCUGGUCUCACUCCUGAUCUCAUUGCUUGUCGUUCCUCAAAGCCCUUGGAUGAAAGCGUUGCCUCCAAGAUCUCCAUGUUCUGUCAUGUUGCCCCUGAGCAAGUCUUGGCUGUCCAUGAUGUCUCCUCAGUCUACCAUGUUCCCAUCUUGAUGCGUGAGCAUGGUGUCAUUGAUUUCUUCCGUCGUCGUCUCAACCUGGAUGAUCUCAAGAUUAGCGAUGAACGUCGUUUGGCUGGUGAAAAGCUCUGGCAAGAAUGGACCACUUUGGCUGGUAGCUACGAACAUUUGCAUGAAUCUGUCACUAUCGCUAUUGUUGGCAAGUACACUGAUUUACACGAUUCCUACAUCUCUGUCUACAAGGCUCUUGAACAUGCUAGUUUAGCUCAAAAGCGCAAGAUUAAUAUCAAAUGGGUGGAUGCUUCUGAUUUGGAACCCGAGACCUUGAAGUCUAACCCUAUCAAGUAUCACGAAUCAUGGCAAGCAGUCUGCUCUUCUAGCGGUAUCUUGGUUCCUGGUGGUUUCGGUAGUCGUGGUAUUGAAGGUAUGAUCAUGGCUGCCAAGUGGGCUCGUGAGCACAAAAUUCCUUACUUGGGUAUCUGUCUUGGUAUGCAGAUCUCUGUCAUUGAGUUUGCUCGUAAUGUGUGUGGUAUGUCUGAUGCUCAAUCAGCCGAGGUGGAUCCUGAUACCAAGACUCCCGUCGUUGUAUAUAUGCCUGAAAUCUCCAAGACUCAUUUGGGUGGUACCAUGCGUCUGGGUCUCCGUGCUACUCUCUUCCAAGAAGGUACUGAAAAUUCUACUGUUCGCAAGCUCUAUGGCGGUUGCGCCUCUGUUGAUGAGCGCCAUCGUCAUCGCUAUGAAGUCAACCCUGCUCAUGUCGAUACAUUUGAAAAGAACGGUCUCAAGUUCAUUGGUAGAGACGAAACUGGUGAGCGUAUGGAGAUUGUUGAACUUGAUGAUCAUCCCUUCUUUGUUGGCUGUCAAUAUCAUCCCGAGUACAUUACUCGUCCCUUGAGACCUUGCCCCUUGUUCAACGGCCUUAUCAUGGCUGCCAUUGGUAAAAUUGAUACUUUGUAA